AUGUUGUCCCCGAAAGCCGCCGUCCUCUUCAACUUUGCCCUCCUGGCUUCUGCCGCCCCAGGAAAGCGCCAGUCCACCGGCACAGGAUCUUGCACCGAUCUGCACAUCUUCCUCGCCCGCGGAUGGAACGAGGGCUACCCGGGCAGACAGCAGCUCGUUAUUGACGCCACCUGCAAUGGCCUCUCCAGCUGCGACUAUGAAGAUAUCUUAUUCGAUGCGUCCAACCCCUCUGGGUACCCUGCCGCUGUUGAGGAGGGUCGUGUUUCUGGAGUCGCCCAAGUCAAGGCAUAUAGCGAGAAAUGCCCUAGCUCCAAAGUCGUUCUGAGUGGUUACAGCGAAGGUGCCAAUGUUGUUGGAGAUAUCCUCGCUGAUUCUGGGUUGGCUGCCACCGCCACUCCCGGAUCCCAGGUCUGCGCCGCCCUCCUCUUCGGCGACCCGACUCACAUCGCCAACCAAAGCUACAACGUCGAGGCCGGCUCCAGCUUCAGUGGUCAGAUGGCCCGCUCGAGCUCUUCCCUGAGCAACCUCAACAACUUCUCCGGCGUCCUGCGCUCCUGGUGCAACGGCGAGGACAUUGUCUGCGCCUACGGCGAGGGCCGAACGAUGGGCGAGGAUGCCCACACCAACUACUUCCAGCUCUACACCAACGACGCAGCCGCCUACAUCAAGGAGAAGUGCGUGCCCUCAGGAACGACCCCUCCCACGGCGACCACCACCUCCAGCCUUCCCGCACCCACCUCCACUGGAUCCUUCUGCGUCUCUGGCAAGGUCAAGGCAGGUCUGUCCGAGAACUACACCGGUCUCUGCGAGUUCUCUUGCUCCAACGGAUACUGCCCUGAUGAGGUGUGCGAGUGCUCUGCGUACGGCGAGCAGACGACCAGCCCUGGCGGAGACGGUCGUGAUGGAUGCCCUGCUACUGGCUUGGACGAAAGCUACAAGGGGCUUUGCAGCUUCAGCUGCAGCCAUGGAUACUGCCCGACUGCACACCUUGAUGAAUGCGACUCCUCAUAUCUCGAACCUGUGCAAAAUCGUGACAGUCCUGCACAGGCCACGCUCGGGUGCGGGACCCGAUGCCGUGAUGUGAUGCUUUGCCGGAUUGACCGCGCUACCGGCACUUCCGACGAUUCGGCCGCUCUUCGCCAGAUUGGGCUUGCUGCAGCCAAACGAAGAGAAGUCAUGAUGACAGUUCCGAGUGCACGGGGCGCCCGGGACUCGAUCUGCAAGGACUACGGCCCGGCUGCCAAGGCAUGGGUGUUCAUUGAGUGGACCACGGGCUGA